GGGCUCUCAAAUGCAUUCAUGGCUGUCUGCACUCUUGUAUUCAAGAGACACCUUCAAAUCUUCCAUGCCAACUCUGUCACGGUACCAUACAGGAGCACCUCAUACGGUGCGAUAUGCCGGCAAACAAUGAAGGACAACAGGGCCUGUUUAGCGCACACCCAUCAAGUGCCAAUGUUUCAGUAGUGGAUUCCUGCUGGUACUGUAACACCUAUGGUUGUAUCAUUCAUCGUGCAACGUCACAUCGUCACGGUAUUCUCGCAAACAUGUGGCUGUGGGAGCUGGGUAAACUGCAAAUUCGUAACUCGGUUGCCCUUCGAAGCCAGUGAACCAAUCGUAGGUUGAGGUAAUAAAGUUCCGACGUGAAAUCCCCUUAAUUCAGCGCGCGUUAGAAGC